AUGUUAAUCCUACUGUUGGUAGCGGUUGCUCAGCAUAUCGUUGAUGGCCAAUACUACGUGUCGUCGUACCCCACGCCACCCCCGGCCAGUCCCUACGUAACACAACCUCCGCAAUGUGGCUGCUGCUCUCCUCCGCUGAACAUCCCUGCUCCCCCAGCCUGUCCAGUCUAUGUCACACUCCCAGCCCCACCUCCAUUGCAGGUCCAACCUCCCCCACUGCCACCAAUGAUGAUAGAACUGCCAUGUCCUCCUCCAAUCACUGUAACGCCACCUCCAGCUCCCCCUGUAAUGGUCAACCCUCCGCCGUUGCCACCGAUGACCAUCACUCCUCCUGCUAUUCCUCCAAUUUGUGUGACACCUCCUCCUCCACCUCCCAUGUGCGUGACGCCUCCUUGUCCUCCAACAAUGUAUGUAAACCCUCCGACACCUCCAGCGAUAUUCCUGGACCUUCCCCUACCACCUCCGAUUGUAAUUGAGCUGCCUCCUCCCCCACCGAUCGUUGUACAACCACCGCCAUUGGGACAGAUCAUGAUCCAGCCACCUGCGAUGCCCCCGAUGCCAGUGCAACCACCACCGCUGCCACCAAUGAUGGUUCAGCCACCCUCGCCGCCGCCGAUGGUGAUUGAGUUACCUCCGCCAGCGCCUAUAACCGUGCAACCGCCGUGCCCGCCCCCUAUGUGUGUGCAGAGUCCCCCUCCUGCUCCUAUCAACGUACAACCUCCUCCCUUACCUCCAGUAAUGGUGCAGCCUCCUCUACCGCCACCUAUGUGCGUCCAGCCGCCUCCACUGGAACCGUUCUGUGUACAGCCCCCUCCCCCCACUCCUAUCUGCUUCCAGUCGUCUCCGCCGUGCGGCUGUGGUUGUUCCCCUUCGCCCAUCUAUUUGUGA